AUGACUAUGGCCAGCGCCAAGGUCAAGGAGCAUGGACUUAAGCUUGAACCUGAUGGAGUUAAGGACUUAAAGCUUGAACCGGUGGAGCAGCUUGAACGUGAGGGAAGUAAACUUGUAGCUGAGGAUGAGCUUGAACCGGAGCUUGUAGCGGAGGAAGCUUUAGCGGCACCAAUGAAAUUGGUUACUCAUUCCAGAGUUAAUCUUGAGCCAAAAUGGAGACAACAUGAUCCUAAACCUCCCUGGUUUUUGAUCCAAGCUCAAGAGAUCAACAAAUGGGCAUGUGUCUCAUUUGUACUCUUUUUCCCUUGUCAAGUUUUGUCCCAAUGGGUUUUCUUGACAAGGUCUUUUGGAGCAUUCUGGAGCAUAUGGGAGGAGCAUGGAGGGACUUGGCACAUGGAAGCAGCUCAACUGGAUACGCAAAGGAAGAAGGGAGAAGCCAUCUUGAAGACCAGCUCGACCGUCUACUCGACCAACCGGUCGAGUUCCUCAACUCGACCGGCCAAGCUUCAACUCGAUCGAGCUGAGAAGUCAAAGUCAAACCCGAAAAAUGUUGCUUCCCCCUUGACUUUCCUUUGA